AUGGAGCAAUUUUCUCGGGAAUAGCGAAGAAUAUUUUUCUCACAAAUAAAGAAAUGUUGCGAAAAGUUCCUUCUGUCCUUGUGUGUGUAUCCAGAAGUAUCCAUACAACUCCUUCCGUUUGUGGCAAUAGGAAUUUCCGGAAGUUCCCACUUUACAACAAACGCGGCACACGAAUUUAUAAGCAGCAACGAAGGGAGAAUCUUCCCUUUUGCCUGCCCAUCUACAAGUACGGAGUCCGAGACACGGGAGAAGUUAUUGAUAAUGUCUACCAUGAGAUUCCCGAAAUGAUCCCAGAACUCAUCGUACCAGACCUCAAGGAUUGCCAGCUGAAGCCGUAUGUGUCGUACAAAACGCAGGAAGUCUUCCAGAGUGAAUUCACCAGUGAGGAUCUCUUCAAUGCUGUGUACAGUAAGAAAAUCAUUGAAGAUUUCAAAAAUAGUGCCCUGCGGGAAGAUGGAACACCCGUUGAACCCUCUCCGGAAGAACUAAAGACUCCCGAAGAAGCUUUCAUUGAGGCCAGGAAGACAGGAUCCGAUAUAUUCUGAGAAGAUUUUUUUGUUUGCUUCUAGUUGUAUUGAGAUAGGAUUUAAUAAUAUAAUAAAGGUUUUUAACC